UUUAUAGGCAAUGCAACGGAAGACGAGAAAGUAAAUUUAUCACAUUUCAAGCUGAUACGUGUUCUUGGAACAGGGGCCUAUGGAAAGGUGUUUUUGGUGCGUAAAAUUGGCGGCGAUGAUGAUAUGACAUUGUACGCCAUGAAGGUGUUAAAGAAGGAUACUGUGGUGCAGAAGAAAAAGACAGCCGAACAUACCACAACCGAACGACAAGUGAGUGUAUUGUACGAUACCUAA